GGCGGGGGAGGAGGCGGCGCGUGCCCGGUCUGCCUAAGGAGCCGGCAUCCGCUGUGCAGCCCGGGCCCCGCGGCCACAGCUCCGCCGGCCGCUCGCGGGCAGCGGGGUCUCCGCGCCGGGUGCUGCAGACUCGCCGCCCGCUGCCCCGGCUCUGCAGAGUCGCCCUGCUCCAGUCCGGGACAGCGGAGACCAGGACAGUCCUCAGUGCGGCGCGGUCCCGGCCCCGGAGAGAUUUCAAGUUGUGCAGUGCCCGGGACCCGAGAGGAACGGUGGCCGCCGCCCCGCCCUGGGUCAUCAUCAUUACUGCAGAGUCUGAGAAGUUGAUGCCAAGUACAACUGAAGAUCCAUUUUGCUAACAGCUAUAUCCUCCUUGCAGAACUGUGGAUUACCUGAGAAUUUCUAGCAACUGCACCCUUCACUCAUUCCUUCAGUCCCACUACAAUUACUUUGGGUCCUCGUUGCACCUUUUCAUGAAAGAUGGCAUCCAGCCUGACUUGUACCGGGGUGAUCUGGGCUUUGCUCUCCUUUCUUUGUGCGGCCACCUCCUGUGUGGGGUUCUUUAUGCCUUACUGGCUUUGGGGAUCUCAACUGGGCAAACCUGUGUCCUUCGGGACUUUCCGGAGGUGCUCAUAUCCAGUGCAUGAUGAGAGUCGGCAGAUGAUGGUGAUGGUGGAGGAAUGCGGGCGCUAUGCCUCCUUCCAGGGUAUCCCCAGCGCGGAAUGGAGGAUCUGUACCAUAGUGACAGGCCUGGGCUGUGGCUUGCUCCUCCUGGUAGCACUCACUGCCCUGAUGGGCUGCUGUGUGUCGGAGCUUAUCUCCAGGACAGUAGGAAGAGUGGCUGGAGGAAUCCAGUUUCUGGGGGGUUUAUUGAUUGGCGCUGGCUGUGCCCUCUACCCCUUGGGCUGGGACAGUGAGGAAGUCCGGCAGACUUGUGGUUAUAUCUCUGGCCAAUUUGAUCUGGGCAAGUGUGAAAUCGGCUGGGCCUACUAUUGCACUGGAGCAGGUGCCGCAGCUGCCAUGUUACUGUGCACGUGGCUAGCUUGCUUCUCGGGCAAGAAGCAGAAGCACUACCCCUACUGAGACCGUGCCAUCAGGAACUAGCAGAAGAGGAGCUGGGCCACAGGGGCUUGAAGGGGCCAAAGCAUCCAGCUGGUUUUGCAAGGUGGAAUGGUGGUUCUGAUUCCAACAGUGCUUGAAAUGAAACUCCAUGGAAUUGGGAGCAUUCUGUAGGAAGGGAGGGUGGUGGGGGAGUUGUCAAAGGCAUGGAGAGUAUGGAAUGAUGGAGAGAAAUGGACCAAAGGCUAAAAAUAUUGCAGGAUGUUGGAUGUUUCUAUUCCACAGAGUAUUGUUAAUGUAUAUCACAUACACACACAAGGCAAAUCUAUAUAUGCAAACAAGGAUUUUGUUUUUGUUCUCUUUUAAAAAGGCGAGGACUAGGGAGAGUCAAAAGGGCUAGUAGAAACAGUGUUAUCUUAGGAAGCAGGGUAGGCACUCUGCAGACAUUCCCUAUAGGUGAGGACCGCACCUGAAAGCACACAAGUACGUGCACACAUACACAUACACACGCAUAUAUCAUCACACCCACUAUAUGGAGGGAGGGUCAGCUCUACACUGUUCUUUUGUUUUCUUUUUAAUAUAUGCUAAAGACACAGUAUUACCAUUUUAUAAAUCAUACAUUAUACCUGGUCCAUGGACCAAUAUACCACUCUAUCAGUAUUUUGUAUAUCCUGCAUAAAACUCUACACCUGCUUCAGUCUUUAUGCAGAAUUUUAGAGUUAAGCCUUCAUAUUUCAAUAUUAUUCAAAGACAUGCAAUAUUUCUCUGAAUAGCUUCUGCUAUGACAUCCUUACGAAGAAAAGCAAGAACUUCUGUUCACUGUAGGGAAGAGUUCAAGUACAGAUAUGGGAGCAGAGAGAGGCAUUUCUCCAGCCGUUAGAUCUUGUUUUCUUCCAUCCACUAUUCUGCUGUGCUGUACCACAUUGAUUUCAAUAUUCAUUUUGUAAAGAAAAAAAAGUACUAUUUUGUUUGUAUUUGAAAAGCUCUGUGAAUAAAUUCUCUCUUUGAUCAAUA